AUGGCCAAGAUCGUAGCUCUCGCCCUCCGAGGCUUCCAAUUCUUCAUGGCCCUCCUCAUCAUGGCCCUGAUUGGAAACGCCAUCGCCAUGGGCGCCGACUCGUCCAUCAACAACUACACCAUGUUCUGCGCCGCCUUCGGCAUGCUGACCCUCUUCUUCCUGAUCCCGGCUUCCCUCAAGGAGGAAUGGAGCGUCUUCCCAUUCCUGCCAUUCACCCUCGACCUGUUGAACAACCUCUUCUGGUUCUGCGGUGCUGUCGCGCUCGCUGCUGAGCUUGGUGUCCACAGCUGCAAUAACUCGGUAUGUUCCUAUCGAGAUCGAAGCCAAUUCGCUGCUAACCAUCCUUCAGGAUUACACUCACAGCAACCGUGUCAUUAGAGGCUCCGGAUCCUCCGGCGCUUGCCGCGAAUCGCAAGCGUCUUGCGCAUUCCUGUGGUUUGGCUGGGCGGCUUUCGUCGGCACGACCGUCCUGACCGGCCUGCAAAUGUCCGGCGGCAGCUCCAGCGCUCGCCCUGGUAUCCGUCGCAGCGGCCCAGCCAUGAGCCAGGUUUAA